UCCCCUGGUGUGUCGCCCCCUCCCUCCCUCCUUCCCUGCCUCUCUUCCCCCUUGUGCUCCGGGAAGCGUCGCCUCUUUCGCCUGGCCACUUCGUCCGAGGACCCCCCCCCCUCCCGCGCCCUCUCGCCCCUCCGGACAACUUGAUCGAGGGCUUGCGCCCCUCCGCCACAGCCCGGCGGGGGAGGGGGAGCCGACCAACCAACCAACAAACCAACCAACCAGGGGCCCCCCACCUCGAAGAGUGGAUCUAUCGCUGGACUGCACCCCCUUUUUGGACCCCAAGGACACCCUCCCCCCCAAAAAAGAAACCCACCCCAGCCGAGCCUCGAACUCUUGUUCCUCCCCUCCCCAAAUCCACUCCAGCCCCUUUCCAACAUGGAUGUAAGGUUUUAUCCGGCUGCGUCGGGCAACCCUCUUCCCGGAGAGCCUUCCAACCUGGACUUUGCCCAGUGUUUGGGUUACUACAGCUACAACAAGUUUGGCAACAACAAUAACUACAUGAAUAUGGCAGAAGCCAAUAACGCAUUUCUUACUGCCAAUGAGCAAACAUUCCAUACCCCGAGCCUUGGGGACGAAGAGUUUGAGAUCCCACCUAUUACGCCACCACCUGAACUGGACCCCACCAACCUUGGGAUGGCGGACCUCCUGUUGCCUUUCCAAGGCCUAAGUGAUCAAAUGGGUGUGCAAGGCAACGAGUUCACCCCCCAGUUUCCACCCCAGAGCUUGGAUCUUCCCUCCAUUACGAUAUCCCGGAACUUGGUGGAGCAAGACAGCAUCAUCCAAAGCAAUGGGUUACAUAUGGAUCAAAACCACGCAGAUGUGCCUCAAUAUCGCCCGGACCACUCUUUGAUUAUGAGGUCCAUUGUCCACAUGACCGAUGCUGCUCGUUCAGGAAUUAUGCCUCCAAACCAGCUCACCACUAUUAAUCAAUCUCAGCUAAGCACUCAACUGGGGUUGAAUUUAGCGGGUGCCAAUUUGCCCCACACUUCACCUUCUCCGCCUGCAAGCAAAUCAGCGACCCCAUCCCCGUCCAGUUCGAUAAACGAAGAAGAUGCGGAUGACUCCAACAGAACCGCAGGGGAAAAAAGAGCUGCUCCAGAUUCUGGCAAGAAGCCCAAAACGCCGAAGAAAAAGAAAAAGAAGGAUCCCAACGAACCGCAGAAGCCCGUCUCGGCGUAUGCCUUGUUCUUCCGGGAUACGCAAGCAGCCAUUAAAGGGCAGAAUCCCAACGCUACCUUUGGAGAGGUGUCAAAAAUCGUAGCCUCUAUGUGGGAUAGCUUAGGAGAAGAACAGAAACAGGUAUAUAAAAGGAAAACAGAAGCUGCCAAAAAGGAGUAUCUGAAGGCGCUAGCUGCUUACAGAGCAAGCCUGGUUUCCAAGGCCGCGGCUGAGUCGGCCGAAGCCCAGACCAUCCGUUCCGUCCAGCAGACGCUGGCGUCGACCAACCUGUCCUCUUCUCUUCUCCUCAACGGCCCCAUCUCCCAACACGCGGCCGUGGCCACCUCGCCGCAGACUCUCCAGCAGUCCCUCCCCAGGGCCAUUGCCCCGAAGCCCUUGGCCAUGCGGUUGCCCAUGAGCCCGAUCGUGGCCUCCGUCACGAUCGCCCCCAGCCUGACCACCACAAACAUUUCCACCUCGCUGAUCGGCUCCAUGGGCACCAACCUGGUGGGGGCGUCGGCCGCGGGGGCCUCCCCCUCCCAGGCCAGCCCCUCCUUGCAGAGCCAGCAGCACCAGCUCCAGCAACUGCAGCAGCUCCACCAGCAGCACAUGCACCAGCAGAUGCACCAGCAGAUGCAGCAGCAGCACCACUUCCAGCACCACAUGCAGCAGCAGCACCUGCAGCAGCAACAGCAGCAGCAGCAGCACCUCCAGCAGCAAAUGCAACAGCAACUGCAGCAGAUGCAGCUGCAGCAGCUCCAGCAGAUGCAGCAAAUGCAACACCCGCCUCCGCAGCCAUGCCCUCAGCAACAUUCCCCGGCAGCGGCUUCGCAGAUCACCUCCCCGAUUCCGGCCAUCGGCAGCCCCCCACCGGCCCCCCAGCAGCACCCCUCCGAAAUGCCAACCCCGACACAGACUCAGCUGUUAUCCCAGGCCAGUAUUUUCUGAAGGCACCCCCUCGGGGGAGCGGGACAACGAGAGAACGGCUUUUGGGGUGGAUGCGUUCAGCGAACGCUGAGCCCUUGAUCCCCCGAAAACUCGGCAUUGCCAAUGGUAGUUAUGCAGGAUUUGCAUAACCGAUGAAGUGAGCUUCUAAGCUGUCUAUUAGAUAGGCAAUAAAGAACUACAAUGUAGCUGCGGAUACUCUUUUAGCUGACUCUAAAUUUUCAUUUCCGAUUGCUUUUUAUUCUCUCUCUCUCUUUCUUUUUUAAAAGCAAAAGCUGUGCUCUUCUUUUUUCAUCUCCAUGCAAUGCCUCUUUAAUUUAUUUUCAGCUUUACCUACAAAUAUGUGAAUCAGAUACUCUUUGAUAAGCCUGGGCAUUAAGACUGGAAUAUAUAUAUAUAUAUAAUAAAUGGCCUUUUUUUUUACAGUUUUUAGAUGAAAACCAUUCCUUCUUGCAAAAUUGGUUAAUGCACUUCAAAACGGUUGGUUUGAGGGUGUGUGGGGUUUGGGAAUUUUUUUUUUGUUCCUUUGAAUUCAUGAAGCCCUUAAAAGCACAGCUGUAACUACCUGUAAAAUGAUGAUUGGAUUUCAUGCAAUCACACUUGCGGGAGAAUAGUUGAUGGUGUUAUUCUCUGUCAUUGGAAAAAAAAUGUAAAAAAAAAAAUCACAGACUUUUUAACCAAAGGUCCUUCCGUUUUUUUUUCUUUUUCUUUUUUAAAUGUCUUCGAAAGGAAAGGAGUGUGUGUGUGGGGGGGGACGCUGCAAGUAGAAGUUCUGAAAUAUCAAACACCCAUCUUCCCAUCUUUGCUAUAAUUUCUCCAGCUACUACAGUCCUUUGUUAUACAAUAUAUUCUUAUCCCCGCUCUGCUCAUUCCAGUUUUAAAAUAAAUAAAUAAAUGUGAAUAUUUUAUUCUGUGUUUGGGUGACCAACUUUCAGAUUUAAUACACUGUAUUUUUUAAAAAAAGGAAAUGCACUUAAAUAAAACUGGUUAUUAGGGAAGAAAGGUAAGAAGGAAAAAUGUGAGGGAUUUUUUUUGUUUUGUUAUUUUUAAAACGGUAUAAUAUCAGUCGACUAUUUAAGAGGAUUGACACGUCUGAAAAAAAUCUGUAAAUAUUUUCUUUGAAAAGUUGUAAAAGGUUUUCAUAUCAUGUGUUGUAAAGUUUUCAUAAAUGAGGCUUUAAUGUAAACACUGGUAACAUGAAUGAUUUAAUUGCAACAUUGCUUAUUGUGUUUUUACGCUGUUUUAUACUUUUUUAUGAGUUCUGAUAGCAGCAAUUAAGUUGUUUGUAUUUU